CUUGAGGUUGCCACAAAUACCUCAUUUUCCUUUACUUAAUUUAGUUAACGCAACUGUAUUCAAGAUGGUGAACUUCACGGUGGAGCAGAUGCGUGAAAUUAUGGGUAACCCCAAAAACAUUCGCAACAUGUCUGUUAUUGCGCACGUCGACCACGGAAAGAGUACCCUUACUGACUCCCUUGUCUCGAAGGCCGGUAUUAUUGCUGCGAAAAAUGCUGGUGACGCUCGUUUCACCGACACACGUGCUGAUGAGCAGGAGCGUUGCAUCACUAUCAAGUCUACCGGUAUUUCUAUGUACUUUGAGCACGAUCUUGACGACGGUAACGGUAUGCAGCCUUUCCUUAUUAACUUGAUCGAUUCCCCGGGACACGUUGACUUCUCCUCUGAGGUCACUGCUGCUCUUCGUGUUACUGAUGGUGCUUUGGUUGUCGUAGAUACCAUUGAAGGUGUCUGUGUGCAGACUGAGACCGUGCUUAGACAGGCACUUGGUGAGCGUAUUAGGCCCGUGCUUCACGUCAACAAGGUCGACAGAGCUUUGUUGGAACUGCAGAUGGGAGCUGAAGAGAUUUACAUGACCUUCCUUCGUUGCAUUGAAAACGUCAACGUUAUCAUUGCUACUUACAACGAUGAACUUAUGGGUAAUGUACAGGUCUACCCUGAAAAAGGUACUGUAUCUUUCGGUUCUGGUCUCCACGGAUGGGCCUUUACCAUUGAGACGUUCGCUCGUAUCUACAAUACCAAAUUCGGUAUCUCUAAGCAGAAGAUGAUGCACUACCUUUGGGGUGACCACUUCUUCUCGAAGACCGGUAAGGUAUGGCUUUCCGAGUCUACUCCGGAAGCACCUGAACGUGCCUUCUGCAAUUUCAUCAUGAAACCCAUCUGCAGUCUCUUCACUAACAUCAUGAACGACGACAAGCCGAAAUACCAAGCUCAACUAAAAUCAAUUGGUGUUGAAUUGAAGGGUGAGGACCGUGAACUUACUGGCAAGGCCCUUCUUAAGAGAGUCAUGCAGAUAUGGCUCCCAGCUGGUGAUGUGCUUUUGCAGAUGAUUGUCAGCCACCUUCCAUCUCCAUUUGAGGCCCAGAAAUACCGUGUAGAGAACCUUUACACCGGUCCCAUGGACGAUGAGGCUGCCAAUGGUAUCCGCAACUGUGACCCUGAUGCACCAUUGAUGAUGUACAUUUCUAAAAUGGUACCGACCUCUGACAAGGGUCGUUUCUACGCUUUCGGUAGGGUCUUCUCCGGUACGGUUGCCACUGGCCAGAAGGUUAGGAUUCAGGGUCCAAAAUACGUCCCUGGUGAAAAGGCUGACUUGCUGGUUAAGAACGUUCAGCGUACUGUGCUUAUGAUGGGUCGUUACACUGAGCAGAUUCAGGAUGUUCCAUGUGGUAACACUUGUUGUUUGGUCGGUGUAGAUCAGUACAUUUUGAAGAGUGGUACCAUCACCACUUGCGAAACCGCUCACAACAUUGCUGACAUGAAGUACUCUGUGUCUCCCGUCGUGCGUGUUGCUGUAAAGCCCAAGGACUCUAAGGACUUGCCUAAAUUGGUCGAAGGUCUUAAGAAGCUAUCUAAAUCUGACCCAUUGGUCGUGUGCACUACUGAAGAGAGUGGUGAGCACAUUAUUGCUGGUUGUGGUGAACUUCACGUUGAGAUUUGUUUGAAGGAUCUUAGGGAUGAGUAUGCCCAGAUCGACUUCAUCGUUUCAGACCCUGUCGUGUCUUACAGGGAAACUGUUGGUGCUGAAUCGAGCAUUACUUGUUUGUCCAAGUCUCCUAACAAGCACAAUAGGUUAUUCAUGAAGGCCGAGCCAUUUGCUGAGGGUCUUUCUGAGGCUAUUGAGGAGAACAAGAUCACCUCUAGGGAUGACGCUAGAGAGAGGGCCAACGUUCUUGCCAAUGACUUCGAGUGGGACAAGAACGCUGCCCUCAAGAUUUGGUGUUUCGGUCCUGAAACCACUGGUCCCAAUAUUUUGGUUGACUUGACCACUGGUGUUCAGUACAUGAACGAAAUUAAGGACCACUGUAACUCAGCUUUCCAGUGGGCUACUAAGGAAGGUGCUCUUUGUGACGAGAACAUGCGUGGUAUUCGUUUCAACUUGUUGGAUGUUACUAUGCACGCUGAUGCUAUUCACAGAGGUGCUGGUCAGAUCAUGCCUACCUGCAGGCGUUGCCUCUACGCUUGUGAGUUGACUGCACAGCCCAAGCUCCAGGAACCCAUUUUCCUUGUUGAUAUUAACUGCCCACAGGAUGCCGUCGGUGGUGUUUACAGCACUCUCAACCAGCGUCGUGGUCACGUGUUCCAUGAGGAAAACAGAGCUGGUACGCCUCUCAUUGAGAUCAAGGCUUAUCUUCCUGUUGCUGAGAGUUUCGGUUUUACAACUGCUCUUCGUGCCAGUACAUCUGGCCAGGCUUUCCCUCAGUGUGUGUUUGACCACUGGCAGUUGAUGACCGGUGACGCACUUGAGAAGGGUUCCAAAUUGAACGAAAUUAUUCUUGCUAUUAGGCAGAGGAAGGGUUUGAAGGCUGACAUUCCUAGUCUUGACCAGUUCUACGACAAACUCUAAGCACAUUCGUUUACGAUAUACCCUCUGGUAUAUUUAUGUUGAAACCACAAACUAAUUAUUCUCGUUGCUGGU